GGGUGGACCUACAUAAAUAUGGAGGGAUGCCUACCUCCAGAAGAAUGUACGUGUCGAUACGUAUGUUUGUACAUCGUAGUGGCCUGUUAAUAAAUGCAUACGUACUGCGCAGACCUGUACAACUUAAUGCGAGACAAGGUCAACCUGUUCUCAAGUUGUGGUGUUUAAUUCCUAUUUACACACAUCGCAAUCUCUUCAGUCAAACCAAACCACAAAUAAAUGCAGCAUGAUUUAUACUUGUGAUCAUACAAUUUCUUAUUUAAUGAUCCUUCCAGUUCACACGGAAAGACUUAUUGCAUCGCUUCAUGCUUCUUAAAUAGUCGUCAUUCUUAAGUGAACUCUGUAGAUGUGGAGUGGAUUAGAGUGUCGUUAUGUUGUAUGUAGCGUCGCUUUAAUGGUUAUUGACUUUUCGUACUUUAAACCAAGCGUGGGCUGAUGACCAAUCUAAUUUUUGAGAAUGUUUAAAUGUCCCAAAAAUUGUUUGGAACACACAAUUCAUACGAGUUGCGAUUCGAUAUCAUGCGAUCAAAAUCGUGAAAAGUUUGGCAAAAAUUUGAGGAGUGUCGUGUUAUGAAAUGAAAUGCAUGAUUUUUAUGUGCUGUAUGAAAAUCAUCAUUGCAAUCUCUAUUAUCUCAUAGAUAUGACUGUCCUGUUCUCUAUGCGGCCUUGUCCUCUCCACCACUGUGAAUCGGGAACGCACAUUUUCGCGAAUUGACGAUCAUGCUCGGAAAACGAGAAGCGGUAACGAGCGACAAAAGUCAAAACAAAGUUUAAACACCAGUUUAAAAUAUUUUACACGUGCUAAAAAAUAAUUUGCAAAUUAACUUUGUGACAUGAAAAGUAGUUGUAGCAGUGACGAAGAUUGUGGCGAGUGCGAAAAUUAUGGUGAUGGCUGGUGUUCAGAAGUUGAGAAACUCAAUCCAUUCCUUAUACCACAUAUUGUCGAAAAAAUUUUGUCCUACUGCACAUUUUCCUCCCUGAAGGAAACCCGACUUGUCUGUCGACUCUGGUUGGACUGCGGAAGUCACCUCUUCUCCACGCGGAGGACCCUCCACCUCAAAAACUUUGAGCACAUCGACGCCUUCAUGCUCCACGCCGUUUCCUUGGACGAAGCGUCAUCUCACUCUGCCAACAAUUUAUGUCGCAGUGUCCGCCUCCACGGUGAAGACUUUCCCUCCUGGAUCGUCCUCCUGAAACCAUUCUUCUCCAAGUUUGGCGCCUACAUAAAAUCCCUCCACAUUUCCCACGGCCUUGGCGACGUCACGGAGGAUCUUCUCCUCCAAAUCGCGCAACAUAUCGACGCCCUCGAAGAACUCUCCAUCAGUGGAGCGACCGUCGUCUACUCUUCAAACCGGUUUGAUCUCAACGGCCUCGGCGGCCCCAUUUUCGCCCAGCCCGUCCUCCCAACCGUGACGAGGAUAAGUCUCAGCCUUCCAGUGACCUCUUUUAAACGAUGGACCGACGUGAGGAGCUUUUUCACCGACUUUUUCUUCAUCCUUCCCUCCCUCGAAAGGAUCAAGUUUGUCGGGUGUCAGUUUCCCGAGCUGUUCAAAUAUCUGCCAGACUCGAUCCGCCUCUCGAAUUUGCGCCACGUGCAUCUGCAACUCUUUAACUCGUCCGGACUGGAUUUUUUCUUGAGGAGGGGAUUUCCCCUGGAGGAAAUUGUCCUCCAAGUCGAGCCCCUUCUCGGUCUGGCCCAUCUCCACAAUUUUUUGGUGUCAUUCGCCUCCACGUUGAGACGGCUCGAGGUGCGAUUUAAUUAUAAGGGAGCGUACAAUUAUUCCCAUAAUGCGACCGCGUUCCCUUCCUCGAAGGCGUUGGUGGGGCUGACGUCGCUAAGAUUGUGGGGGUACUGGGGGCACCUGUAUUUUCUGAAGGAUUUUCCCAACCUGAAAAGUGUCACGGUGGAGAAGAUGAACUGGGCGGUGGCGUUUCCAUCCGGGACGGAGCAGGUGGGCCGCGAUUGUCGCAGGAUAUUAAAGUUCUUUGAUGAGAAUGGAGCUUAUCAUGAUUUGAAUUAUUGAGAGAUUUUAUUUAAUAAAAUUUUUUUAGUA